GUGUGCUCUCUUGCGAUUACUCUCUUGCGAUUACUCUCUCUCACUUCUCUUUUUGUAUCGGUCUCGUAUUGGUUGUUUAUAGGGUAUUCUCCGGCUAAGGAUACGGGUUUCGUGGUGAGAUUUUUUUUCUUUCUAUUGUCGUUUACGGGCGAGGAUGAUCGUUUCUUCGGUAAGGUCGAUUAAUCGGUUCUGUUUUCGAAGAUGUUGUUAGAUCCGCAUGGUUUUGGUGAUCGUUUUGGAUCCGAGACAUGGUUCCACAGGAGAAAAAAAUGCCGUCGUCUCUUGCUUUGAGAUUUCCCUUGUGAAAGUUUUCAUCUUUCGUCCUCGUUGAAUCCUUAAUUUUUUUUUUGGUUCCUUUUUUUUUUAUAUAGAAAUUUUGGUCUUCUAAUCCUGGGGAUAGGUUACAGUCUCCGAUUGUAAAUAGAAAUUCUCAACGUCGUGACUUUGAAGCUUAGAUAAAAGUUGUACAGAAAUAGAUUGUAACUCGAGCUCUGAAACAAGCAAGUUUUUUUGGAACAUUUGUGUUCCUUGUUUAAAAAAGGGGUGUUUUUUAUUUGUUCCUGGGGUUGGGUUAAAAAGUGGCGAAGAUGAAUCUAGGUGCGGCCGAGGAAGAAUCGGCACAGGAGAUUCACAUCCCAGCUGAUAUCAAUUGGGAGAUGCUUGAUAAAUCCAAGUUUUUCGUUUUAGGAGCUGCUUUGUUUUCAGGUGUAUCUGGAGCUCUUUAUCCUGCUGUUUUGAUGAAAACUCGGCAGCAAGUGUGUCAUUCACAAGGCUCUUGUAUCAGAACUGCGUUUACCCUUGUGAGACAUGAAGGUCUAAGGGGAUUGUACAGAGGAUUUGGGACCUCUUUGAUGGGAACAAUCCCUGCUCGUGCCUUGUACAUGACUGCCUUGGAGGUUACCAAGAGUAACGUGGGCUCUGCUGCUGUUAGCUUAGGUUUCACAGAGGCUAAAGCUUCUGCAGUUGCUAAUGCAGUUGGAGGUUUGAGUGCUGCGAUGGCUGCACAGCUUGUUUGGACUCCUGUUGACGUGGUGAGCCAAAGGCUUAUGGUUCAGGGAAGUGCUGGUCUUGUCAAUGCAUCGAGGUGUAAUUAUGUUAACGGGUUUGAUGCAUUUAGGAAGAUUGUUCGCGCUGAUGGACCUAAGGGAUUAUACAGAGGGUUUGGGAUAUCUAUUCUGACUUAUGCUCCAUCUAAUGCGGUUUGGUGGGCUUCUUACUCUGUUGCACAGCGGAUGGUUUGGGGUGGAAUUGGGUGUUACGUCUGUAAAGAAAGUGGGAACAACAGUACUGCGAUUAAACCAGACUCCAAAACGAUAAUGGCUGUUCAAGGAGUUAGUGCUGCGAUUGCUGGAAGUGUUUCUGCUUUGAUUACAAUGCCACUUGACACGAUCAAGACGAGAUUGCAGGUUCUUGAUGGGGAAGAUAGUAGUAACAACGGGAAGCGUGGACCGAGUAUUGGACAGACUGUAAGAAACUUGGUUAGGGAAGGUGGAUGGACGGCUUGUUAUAGAGGAUUGGGACCAAGAUGUGCUUCAAUGUCAAUGUCUGCAACAACUAUGAUAACUACCUACGAGUUCUUGAAACGGCUUUCAGCUAAGAACCAUGACGGGUUUUGCUCUAAAUCAUAGCGAUAACAACCACAUAGAAGAAUCUUUUAUGGAAAUGUCUUUAAUUUUCUUACUUGUCUUGUUCUGGUCUAAGCUUGUUUUGCUAUUUUCAUUUGUUUUCCAGUCAUAUGUAAGGAAUGUGUUAAAAUUCAGUUCUUAAAUAAAUAAAUGCUCAUUUUCCUCGAUUCA